AUGAAGAAUCAGGAGAAGCUAGGGUUUUUCACUCUCUCGUUUCUUCUGAUCCUGAGUCUAGCGACGGGUAGAUUCGUUGUGGAGAAGAACAACCUCAAAGUCACAUCGCCCGACUCGAUCAAAGACUGUUUCUUCACUUUGAAGGCAUGGAUAGCUCAACAAGCUGGAGCAGCAGCGAUUCUUGUAGCUGAUAACAAAGUUGAGCCAUUGAUCACGAUGGAUACACCUGAAGAAGAUAAGUCCGAUGCGGAUUAUCUCCAGAACAUUACGAUCCCUUCUGCUCUCAUCACCAAAUCCUUGGGAGACAGUAUAAAGUCUGCGCUUUCAGGUGGCGACAUGGUGAACAUGAAGCUAGACUGGACCGAGUCGGUUCCUCAUCCCGACGAGCGUGUGGAAUACGAGCUCUGGACCAACAGCAACGACCAGUGUGGGAAGAAGUGUGAUAACCAGAUUGAGUUUCUCAAGAGUUUCAAAGGAGCAGCUCAGAUUCUUGAGAAAGGAGGGCAUACUCAGUUCACGCCGCACUACAUCACCUGGUACUGCCCUGAGGCUUUCACGCUGAGCAAGCAGUGCAAGUCUCAGUGUAUCAACCAUGGGAGGUACUGUGCGCCUGAUCCUGAGCAGGAUUUCACCAAAGGGUAUGAUGGGAAGGAUGUUGUGGUUCAGAAUCUGCGCCAGGCUUGCGUCUAUAGAGUGAUGAACGAGACCGGUAAGCCGUGGGUCUGGUGGGACUAUGUGACUGACUUUGCGAUCCGGUGCCCGAUGAAGGACAAGAAGUACACUAAGGAAUGCGCAGACGAAAUUAUUAAGUCCCUUGAUAUUGAUCUCAAGAAGGUGGACAAGUGUAUCGGAGACCCUGACGCAGAUGUGGAGAACCCAAUUCUUAAAGCAGAGCAGGAGUCUCAGAUUGGCAAAGGAUCUCGUGGAGACGUGACUAUACUCCCAACGCUUGUCGUGAACAACAGACAAUACAGAGGUAAAUUGGAAAAAGGGGCAGUGCUGAAAGCUAUGUGUUCAGGUUUUCAAGAGUCAACAGAACCAGCUAUAUGUCUCACUGAAGAUUUAGAAACUAAUGAAUGUUUGGAAAACAACGGUGGGUGCUGGCAAGACAAAGCUGCCAACAUAACUGCAUGCAAGGAUACUUUUAGGGGAAGACUCUGUGAGUGCCCUACUAUUCAAGGUGUUAAAUUUGCUGGUGACGGUUACACUCACUGCAAAGCCUCUGGAGCUUUGCAUUGUGGUAUCAACAAUGGAGGAUGCUGGAGAGAAACACGAGGCAGCUACACUUACUCUGCUUGUGUAGAUGACCAUUCAAAUGGUUGCAAAUGCCCAAUUGGGUUCAAGGGCGAUGGAGUAAAGAGCUGUGAAGAUGUGGACGAGUGUAAAGAAAAGAAGGUUUGCCAGUGCCCAGAGUGCAAGUGUAAAAACACAUGGGGAAGUUAUGAAUGCAGCUGCAGCAAUGGUUUGCUUUACAUGCGUGAACACGACACUUGCAUAGGUUCAGGCAAAGUUGGAACUACAAAACUCAGCUGGAGCUUUUUGUGGAUUCUUAUAAUCGGAGUGGGUGUUGCGGGUCUUUCUGGAUAUGCGGUCUACAAAUACAGGAUCAGGAGUUACAUGGAUGCGGAAAUAAGAGGGAUCAUGGCACAGUACAUGCCUUUGGAAAGCCAACCCAACCCAAGUGGUCCUCAUAUGGAUAUAUGA